GUUGUCGUCACUGUUGCAGUGCAGUUGCUUGUGAAGAAGUAAGUGGACAGACAAGUUCUUGUGCUGCGGAAAGCAGAAUAGUAACCAUGGCCACUAGAGAUCAGCCCACAGCGGGGAGAGGAAAACUGUUCUACUUCCUUUUGUGGACAUGUCCAGCUCUGGCAGUGCUCUGCAGUUGCUUAGUGAUUGCGAUAAUUCUCCUGCGGAGCCAAUGCAGUGCGUGUGAUAAUCCGACCAGGGUCGUCUCUCACUCGCCGAAAGUGACGACUCACUCCGACAGUAAGAUGGAGACCGCUCGCGCGGAGGCAUUAAGGCCGUGGGAGGCAGAUCACCGCUUGCCGUUAGACACAGAUCCAGUACAUUACGACAUAUUUCUUCAUCCUGACCUCAAUAAUUUCACGUUCAGUGGCAAAGUUGUAAUUCAGAUUAAUGUCAAGAAUCCGAGGUCAUUUCUGUUGGUGAAUACUAAAUAUCUGGAUAUUUUCGACACGCGAUUGACGAAGCUAAUUCCCGCUGAAAGUGAACGAGAGACUAACAGUACUACAAAGAAGUUCGGUGAGGAGCGAGAAAUUAAAAUUGAGAAUGCUUUUGAGUACAAACCUAACGAGUUCUGGGUAGUGUUGGUGAAAAAUAACACGGAACUUCAACCUGGAUUCUACAACCUUCACCUACAGUUCAGAGGCAACUUAAGUGGGAAAAUUGUUGGCUUCUAUAGCAGUACCUAUACUGACCCGAAGACGCAACAGAAAAGAAAAAUUGCUACGUCCAAAUUCCAGCCAACUUACGCACGGCAGGCAUAUCCUUGUUUUGACGAACCCGGAUUCAAACCCACCUUCAAAGUUCGCCUCGUGAGGCCACGAUAUGGCUACAUCGCUCUGUCGAACAUGGACCAAGUGAAUGUGGUGGAUGAUUCGCCAGAACUCGGCCUGACGACUGUGGAGUUCAGGGAGUCAGUCCCCAUGGUCACAUACCUCAGCUGCUUCAUCGUGAGCGACUUCGAGCGUCUGAGCCCUGUCACUGUGUCUCAAGGAUUCCCUUUAAGCGUCUAUUCAACGCGGGCGCAGCUCAACAAGACGAAAUACGCAACCCAAGUCGGUGUUAAUGUUAUCGAGUAUUAUAUCCAGUAUUUCGGUAUACCCUACCCUCUGCCCAAACUAGACCUGGCAGCGAUACCCGACUUCGUGUCGGGUGCUAUGGAGCACUGGGGCCUUGUCACCUUCCGCGAAGUUACUCUGCUUUACGAAGAGGGAGUCAGCUCUACAGCCAACAAACAGCGUGUGGCCACGGUGAUUGGACACGAACUCGCUCACAUGUGGUUUGGAAACCUGGUGACGCUGAAAUGGUGGGACGACCUUUGGCUGAAUGAAGGCUUUGCCAGCUACGUGGAGUACAAAGGUGUGAACCACGCCCAGCCGGACUGGCAGAUACUAGACCAGUUCCUGAUUGAUGACUUGCAUCCUGUGCUAAUGUUGGAUGCGUCUGUCACAUCGCAUCCCAUCGUGCAGACGGUGGCUCACCCAGAUGAAAUCACAGGAUUGUUCGACACCAUCUCGUACAGUAAGGGAGCGUCGGUGAUACGAAUGCUUGAAGAUUUCAUGGGCGAAGAAGACUUUAAAAACGGCAUCACCAAUUUUCUUAACCAUUUCAAGUUUGGAAACGCCGUGACUCAGGAUCUGUGGAAUGAGUUACAAGAAGCGCGAAAGGAUGUGAACAUCACCCGCGUCAUGGACACCUGGACCCGCCAGAUGGGGUAUCCUGUGGUCACUGCGACACGUGACCCAAAUGGAACCGUCACUCUGAAGCAAGAACGUUUCCUGUUUGAUCAGGAUGCCAACAUUACCGACAAUUCACCUUAUGGGUACAGGUGGGAUGUUCCAGUCACCUACAUCACCUCACAAUCAAAGGCUGUGAGCAGAACGUGGCUACACAGUGAUGCCGCUUCAGUGUCAAUUGAAAUUCCGCGCAAUGCGACGUGGUUUAAAAUCAACUAUCACCAAAAAGGCUAUUAUCGAGUGAACUACGAUACAAAGAGCUGGGAACAAUUUAUUGAGUUACUGAAGACUGACCUAACGGCCCUUGACAUUCCGGAUCGAGCACACCUCUUGGACGACAUCUUCAGCUUAGCAGAAGCCGGGCGUGUGAGUUACAGUCUGGCGAUGGACAUGACCAGAUACCUUACUUCAGAAACUGAAUACAUCCCAUGGAAGGUAGCAUCGACCAAAUUCAAUAAGUUCGACGUACUGCUCACUUCGUCGCCUUCAUACGCCAAACUCAGGAAAUACGUGCAGGCCUUGGUGUCGAACGUGUACAAGAAAGUUACUAUGGCUGUUUCAGAUGAUGACUCUCACAUACAACGGUUGCUAAGACCGACAGUGGUGGAAUUAGCCUGCAAUGUGGGAGUGCCAGAAUGCAUCAGUGAAGUUGUGGCUGUUUUCAAGAAUUGGAUUUCAAACGCUUCAUCUGUGCAGAAACCACAUCCUGAUCUCCGUUCCAUAGUAUACUCUUAUGGUAUGAAGCUGGCUGGUGGUGAGAAGGAGUGGAAUAUAAUGUGGAACUUGUACCUGAAAGAGACAGAUGCCCAAGAGAAGAUCAAGUUGCUCCUAGGAUUAGCUCAUUCUUCAGAGCCCUGGAUUUUACAUCGUUAUAUACAGUUAGCUAUGUCUGAAAGCAAUGUGAGAUCUCAAGACUUCUUCACUGUGCUGGCUUAUGUCUCUCAGAACCCUGUUGGUAUGUCCAUUGUGUGGGACUUCGUUAGAGACAAUUGGCGGUACCUGGUGGACAGAUUCACCUUGAAUGAUCGUUACCUGGGUCGUCUCAUCCCUACCAUCACAAAAACUUUCACAUCUGAAUUGAAGCUGAGAGAAAUGGAGAUUUUCUUUACGGACUAUCCAGAUGCAGGGGCUGGGAAGGCAGCUCGAAAUCAAGCCCUUGACCAUGUUCGAAAAAAUAUCAAAUGGUUGAGUCAGCACAAGAAAACUGUAGAAGACUGGAUUGAUGCUGUUUGAUAUUCUAAUGUCUGGUGUAUGCUUUGUUGACUGAUUGAACUAUAAGCCAAUCAUAUGACAUGACAGUUGCAUAAGCAGGAGCACAUAUAACAUUAACUUGAUACUGUGUGGACAAGAUGAUUAUAUUUUCCCAUGAUGUAAAGUAUGAUUCAGUAUUUUCUUAAAAUUUGGAGGCAAUGUUUGUGUGUUUAUAGUUCUUGAUUUCAAGUAAAAUCUACUGUUUUACAAGUAUGAAUAUUCUAUUUUCAAUUAAUGUAACACUAAAAAUUUAUGAAUAGGCUAUUAUGUGAAAAUAAUAUAAGAAGGCAAUUUAGGGAAUGGAAUGUCAUUUAAGAGCACAGGCCGACAUUAUUUGAAACUGUGAAACUGCGCUAUUGCAGCUCUUCGUUUAGACAAGGUGACCUGUAUAAAUUGUGAUAAAUCCCAAUGUUUGUCUUUACUGUCUUUGAAAUUGAAAUAAACUUGUGAUUGCUGAA